AUUCAAAGCUGAGGCUGGAAUGACCCAACAGUCGCCAGGAUCAAUGAAGUUAACCUAAUUUUAUCUUAAUGGAUGGUGUGCUGCUGCUCAAAGAUCAAGUAAUUAUAUCUGAAGCUUAACCUGAAAUAAAAAAGCAGCCAUUACCCUGAGAGCUCAGGAGCCACAAAAUACAAUAACGAUUAUAGACACUUGAUAUGAAGUUAAAUGAAAAUCUUUAACCUCGUUAUUUUAGAUGAAUACAUGUCAACUUUGUGUUCCAGACCAAUGGGGCAUUCACACAAUAUCCAGUUGCUUUCCAGUCAUAGACCAUUUUACACAGUUGAGGUAAUGAGGAAGAAAAAGGACUUUGUUCUUCACAUCGUGUGCCAGUCUUGUGAUGCUGCAGAAGUGCAUUUGGUUGUCGCAGCGAACAGAGACUGACAUCUGGAAGAAUUAUUUGCAAGCUGUGUGACAUGACCAUGGAAUGGAGAAGUGAUCUGAGACGCACACAGUCAGUGAAGAGCAUCCCCUCAUCAUACGACAAGCCACCCUGGACAGAUACAGGACUACGGGACAAGACGGCAUCUGUGUCCCAGUUAGUGAGCAGGUAUCAAACUGGAAUGAAAAUAAACAAACUGAUUCCAGCAACUUCAGGAGAUAAUGCUACAGGAAAGACAAAGCAAGCCCUGAGUGAGAUGACGCCACCUCCACGAGAACAUACAGAGACUCGUCUGGAGUCUCUGAUGAGAAGAAAUAAAGAAAGGGAUAUGAGUCUAGCCAAAACCAGUCUGAGCCGUAGUAAAUCAGAGAGCAGCCUUCAUAACAGCAAAGGGUCCAUAGAGACCCUAAAAGCUGUGUUUGAGUCAAAGCCAACACAAAACAAAGUAAAGGGCAAUGUUAGAGCUGCGAGUGUCACAUCAACUUUCAGUGCAAACAUCCCAGUGAUGAAUGGGGAGGCUGAGGAUGUGAAAGGGGCUGCAAAAGAACAAAAAAUUCCCUCUGACAAAAAUGCAAAGAAAGAUGCAAAAGAGGAUCACGUGACUCAAAAGGUGGUGAAUCAGAUCUCAACAAAUAAGAGAAAAACAAUAGCAGGGAUUGAUUUUGAGAAAAUAGCUGCAUCUCAAGUUGAGGACAAGAGAAGGUCAAUCGCUGACUUCAGAGAGAACUCCUUCAUCCAAACCAAGGAGACACUGUCUAUCUCGGUGAAAGCCAUUUCUGCACUCUAUCUGUCAAAAGUGGCAAAUCAGGACUCAACACGCAGUGUUUACAAACCGGGGCCAGAUCAGUCAAGUGAAUCUGGAAAAAGAGUAAAACUUACAAAGAUGGCAGAAGACUCCCAACAAAGGAAAGAUGACCUCCCUCAACUUGCUUCAGAAAGACAUCAGCCAGGACUGAAAGAUGUCUCUGGGGGACAUUCUCAACAGUCAACACCAUCCCAACUUUCCAAAGAGAUGCUAUAUCAGCAGCGGCAGAAAUGUGAGCUGAGGCGGCUCCUGAAGCACACUCACCCAGAGCUGAAGAUGCUGGAUGAUGUUGUGGAUGAGGAGUUUGCUGAGGUUUUAAGCUCAGAAAGUGUGACAGCUGGUGAAACUGGAUAUGAGGGAGAGGUCCUUUCAAGAUGCUUGAUAUUUGAGAACUGUGGUCUCAGCAACAAUGUACCUCCUCACACCCCCAAGAUCCAUAUGGCAAAGGGAGCCGUAGAAAGAAGGGAUAUCAGUAAAACAUCAGCUGUUUUUGAGACAUCGAGAGCAGAGCCUCACACUGAGAGUGUCAGAGGGAUCUUAGAGAAUGAUAAAGGUGUUGAUUUAAGACAAGAGCUUAACAGAGAGUGUGAGGAUGAGAUGAUAAGAAUAGAUGUUCAGGCUACCAGAAGGAUAUUUGAGGAUCAGUCUAGGCCAGAUCACAAGAAGUUUCAAGGGACUGUGUCUAUGUCUGGAGAUGAAACAGAAGUAGUCAAAGCACAAGGUAAACAGUGUGAAAUGUCUUACAGAGAGAAUCCUAACAAAAGAGGCAGCACUAAUUUUGAAGAACAGGGUCAGAUGCCAUUUACUAUUGCUGUUGGUCAAGGUACUAAACAUGGCUUUGCUGGUUGUGAAAAGGCUCCUGGUGGCAAAACACUCUUACAGCAGGAAGCUGAAAGCUUUUCUGAUUCAGAAAAACACAGCGACAUACCAAAAACAAUCGCUGCACUUUUCAAAAACAACCCUUUCAUAUCAGCAAACAUAGAAAAAGAGCAUUCCUACGGACAUACAUCAAAAACUUCAAAUGAAGUAGGUGAAGACUACCUGACUGCUAAUGUAAAGAACAGAACCCAUUUGUUUGAGUCAAUGCCAUUUGACAAGAUUAGGCAUCAGAACAGGGACGAAAUCGAGACGCUGGUGGAAAAUAUUAAGGAAACCUUGAACUUCCUCUACCGUGUAAAAGUCAUACACUCCACUGGGUCAAUCAUUGAGGUGAAUGAGACAAUGAUUGCUAAAAAGGCUAAAUUCAUACUAUCAGAAAGUGGGCCGGAGAUAAGAUAUGAUGAGGUGGCUGAAGGCGGUGCACAAAACUUUAUACUCCAGCUGCUACCAAGAGCGAACCUAAAACCUCAGAUCACUUACUUAAAGGAGAAUAGUAAAAAGAGUAUGGAAGCCACUGUGGUGGACGUACCAGUUCAACAGAAUCACUUCAAUACAAACAAAGACAGUGAGUUCAGAACUGCCAAUGUGGCACAACUUGUUGAGGAUAUUCUAAAUCAAGACAACUCUCUCAGAAAAGGAGUGAUCAUUCAAGAAGAUAUAAACAACUGUGCUGAUGUCAUUGUUUACUCCCUCUACAAGUAUUUCGACGAGAAAGAUGUUAAGAGCUACAGCCCUCCACAAGGUGUAGAGUAUGGCAACGCUGAGCCAGAAGGAGGUGGCAUGAGAACCAAAAGCAACCCUAAUGAAACCUCUCAAGACCAAACCUGUUCCUUAUUCAUCAGGCCUGAAAUGAAGGGAAAUGUAAAACUGUUCAAAACUUGUAUUGAAAAGGGUGACUUGGAGUAUUUAAAAACACUUCAGGCUGAGCCAACAGUUAAAGAACCUGAACUUCCUGGAAACCAAACAGAGGCUGGUCAGGACAAAGAGAGUCAUCAUGAACAGAAAGGAGAGCCUACUGGAGAAGUCAACACAGAGUGUGUUCCAGUGGAUGUAAAGAGACUAAAAAGCAUGUUCUCUGGAGACAGAAGUCAUAUCCAGGAAAGUUGCAUCCAAGCUGCCAAGACUCCCCAUGUGUCCCAUAGCAAAAGCCAGUCCUCCCAUUUCUCACAUCAGCAGGUAAGAGAGAGUGGAGGCCAAGCAGAAGAGGGAUGUAACUUGAAAGCUGUGCCAUAUUCAGAGACAGAAGAUGAUAACAAAAUCCACCAAGAUGAGCAAAUACACAUGGAUAAAACUAAUGAGAUUUCUGACUUUCAAACUGUAACAUAUAACCUCCAACAGACCACAGUGGAGGCCAAAUCCUUUUGUCAUUCAUUACAAGAAAUGCAUGAAACCUUUACUCAUGAAUCCUCUAACAAACCCAUUGUCUCAGUCAUGGCAGUUAAUCCAACACAUUUACGAACAGAAGCAGAGUUACCUCAAGAAGAUUUGGACCAAAACGUGGAAUUACCCACAGAGUUCAAGUGGAAUAAAUUCUCUUCAGCCUCAGAUAUUCCCUUAGGACAGAAAUCCAACUGGCAAUGCAAAAAUACAGAGUCAUGCCAUGAAGACAGCAACUCUGAGAAAGUGCAAACUGCAGACACUUGGAGCAAAGAGAGUCAAGAUUGCACAGAGUUGAUCCAAGAACAACACAUUCAAACUUUCAGAGAAUCUGCACACAGUUCAGAUAUAACACCUGCACGAGAAGAGGACGAGGAAGUUGUUUUACAGGGUUCAGUUCAAGCUGCAUUGAAGUCCUUGGAGAAAUCGAACAUUAAUAUCACAAAAGGAGAUUUUAAAGCAGCUAUGAUAUAUAGAAACUCUAACAAAUUUCUUCAAGAAAGACCACAAAAUGUGGAUGCUAUUUCUGCACAAAAGCUGAACACCGAAGAGUCUUGCCAAAUGACUGAACCUGAAUCAGUUCAUAGACCAAUCAGGCAAGAAGUGACUUCAAAAAAUAUGGGUGCCGUUUCAAAGAAAAGCAAAAGACAGAGAGGUCCUAAACCAGCUAUUCCACCUAAGCCGAAACAUUUGAUGGUGAAACAAGAAGACAAAGAGAGCGAUCAACAAGCACAAAGAGCUCAUCCAAGCAUUAACAAUUUAAGUGCAACCCAAAUUAAUACCAAGAGAACCAAAGAAACAACUGAAGUUUCUCACCCAUCACCAGAAACAUUACCUUCAUGUAAAGAUGAAGAUAAGCAACAGCUGUUUCAAACUAACAAUGAGUCAGUGCAUCACCAAAGAAAUCAGCUUUUAGGUGAAGGUGUGCAGAUUUUAAAGGAAACAAAAGUCACCUUAGAAAGUUGUCAAAAAGAUAGAACCACCAUUACUGGACAACAGGAGAUAAAUGCUGCACAAGAGGAGAAAACACCCCAGAAUUUACAAGGAAAAGACAAUAUGAGUGAAACAGAUGAAAGUCCUGUGGAUUUCCACAAAGCAUGCCAGAAAUUUGGAGGUAAAAAGGGAACUGCAAAAAAGACUGUCCCAGUAAAACCAAAAAGAGUCAAAAUCGCUCUGUCUAGUGACAACAACCCACUACAUGUACCUGAAGAUAACACUAGAGGACGACCUGUUUUUGUAAACAUGGAUCCAAAACCAGAACAAAACAUAGGUGAGCCACCAUCCAGCACCGGUGGAAUAACUGUGAACAGUAAAAACAAGAAUGAGAAAAACAUGAAGCAAGAAAGCAAAGUUGAGAUGAGGGAAAAGAAAGUUCAGACAGAAACAGAGGAUGAACGCCGACAUCGACUUUCAGUUCACAUGGAUGAGAUCAUGAGAGGGAACAUAACAGCAGCCAUGGAAAUUUUCGAUAACUUGCGAAAGCAAGAGCAACUACAGAGCAUACUGAGUCGAGUUGAAGAAAUCGAACAGGAAACAAGUGAAGUAGAUGUAAGGUCUCUGAGGAAGGUUUUUGAGGAUGUCCCUGACUGGGUUGCCAACUCUGAAAAAAAGAAACCAAAGAAAAACAGAGCCAAAAACAAAGAUAAAAGCAGGCCAUUACCAAGAGACAGAACUGAAAAUAAGUCUUCAAUGGCACAUGUUUACGGUGAUCUUGAGCGAGCCAGUGAGGAAAUAAUGAAUCUUAAAGAGCAGACGUUAGCUAGACUAAUGGACAUAGAGGACGCAAUUAAGAAGGCACUUUAUUCUGUGUCUACACUGAAAUCUGACUCAGAUAUUGCAGGUUUAUCAUGUCUGUUCAAAGAAUCCUUGGGGGCUGUGCAAGGGUCGUCAUCAAAUGGCAAUAUUAACAAAAUAAGUAUUGGCUCAAGCAGAAUGAAAUCACAGGAUGCCACACAUAUAAAUACAGCAACAAAAGCUGCACAAAGUGCAAGCACCGAAGUGCCUCGUUCCAAACAGCAGCCAAGUCCUCCAUCCUCACCUGCUUUUAUUUCCAUUCAGUCAGCAGCUAGAAAAACAGAUAAAACAGGAGCACUGCCUACGGAAACAUUAAUCUGCCCGGCAUGUCAACAGAACCCAAAACUGGAGGAGAAAUUUCGGACAACAAAGACACUGACAUGCAACAGCCCAGCUCAAAACAGAAAAACAGAUUCCAGAAAAGGAAGACAAAAACAAUCCACGAACAGCCCACCGAACGCUAAUCGAGAGCUCAGUGUGCUAGAAGUGCAAACCGGUGGUGAGGGGAACAGUUUCACUGGGACAAAAACAAUCACGGAAAAUUAUGAGAAGACUGAUAACUUUGGAAACCGGUUUUACUCCUCUAAAACGUCCACUGUUGUGGAUGCUCAGCCAGAAACCAUGACAACAACAAGUCAGGCCAUGAUCAGUCCAUCAACAUAUCAGGUCAAAACUUGUCCAGGAAUUCAGCUGCCAGUCACUCAGAUUAAUACCUGCAUGCCAAAGUAACUAAAUGCUGACAGUACGUUGAUAUUAUCAAUGUGAUCAUUUUAUUAUCUAAGAGAUGACCAUGAUUAGCUGUGUGAGUUUAUUUAUAAAUAUAGUGUCAGUUUUCUAUAGUUUCCUUUUUUUUCUUUGAAAUUGUGUUUCAUUUGUCCUCGAACGCUCAUUUACAUUUAGUCAUUUUUUUCUAUACAUUUGUAAUGAAUGAUUGUUGUUAAAAAAUAUAUUUUGCUUUAAGCUAAGCUCAGUCUCACUUUU